ACCAUCCAGGCAUCCACCCGCAACUCAGCCAUGGCCUCCUCCUCCAUGCCCGGCGGCGUCCUUAGGAGGUCCGACAGCGUCGCUGACAUGAUGCCGGAGGCGCUGCGACAGAGCCGCUACCAGAUGAAGAGGUGCUUCCAAAGGUACGUCUCCAAGGGCAGGAGGCUGAUGAAGAACCGGCAGCUGGUGGAGGAGCUUGAGAGGUCGGCGGAUGAUGACAAGCUCGAGAAGGCCAAGCUCGCUGAGGGCUUCCUCGGCUACGUGAUCUGCUCCACGCAGGAGGCUGUUGUGCUCCCGCCUUUCGUUGCCUUCGCUGUCAGGACAAACCCCGGUGUCUGGGAGUACAUCAAAGUGCAUUCCGGAGACCUUUCGGUGGAGCAGGUCACGCCAGCGGAUUACCUCAAGUGCAAGGAGACCCUCUUUGAUGACAAAUGGGCACGUGAUGACAACUCGCUCGAAGUCGAUUUCGGCGCGCUGGACCUCUCGACACCGCAUCUCACACUGCCAUCAUCCAUCGGGAACGGGGCGCAGUUUGUCUCCCGGUUCAUGUCUUCGAAACUGAGCGGCAAGACGGAGAACAUGAAGCCGUUGCUGGACUACCUGCUCACGCUGAACUACCGUGGUGAGAAACUGAUGAUCAGUGAAACACUAGAUACCGCUGACAAGCUUCAGACAGCGUUGCUUCUCGCAGAGGUCUUCCUCGCCGGCCUGCCGAGGAACACACCGUACCAGAAGUUUGAAACAAAGUUUCAGGAGUGGGGAUUGGAGAAAGGAUGGGGUGACACUGCCAAAACGUGCAGAGAGACACUCAACUGCAUAUCUGAAGUGCUCCAGGCACCAGAUCCUGUCAACAUGGAGAAGUUUUUCAGCAGUAUGCCAUCGGUUUUCAACAUUGUGAUCUUCUCCAUCCAUGGUUACUUUGGUCAGGAGAAGGUCCUUGGGUUGCCGGAUACCGGCGGUCAGGUAGUUUACAUCCUGGACCAAGUUAGAGCUCUAGAAGAGGAAUUGUUGCAAAGAAUCAAGCAGCAGGGCCUGAAUAUUACUCCGAAGAUUCUCGUGUUAACAAGACUUAUACCAGAAGCAAAGGGCACCAAGUGCAACGUCGAGCUUGAACCGGUAGAGCACACAAAGCACUCAAGCAUCCUCCGCGUACCAUUCAAGACUGAUGAUGGGAAAGAUCUUCGCCAAUGGGUUUCCCGGUUUGACAUUUAUCCUUACCUGGAGAGAUAUGCCCAGGAUUCUUCGGUCAAGAUUCUUGACAUACUGGAGGGAAAACCAGACUUGGUUAUCGGCAAUUAUACUGACGGCAAUUUAGUAGCAUCCCUCUUGUCAAGCAAACUAGGAGUCACCCAGGGAACAAUUGCGCAUGCUCUUGAGAAGACAAAGUACGAGGAUUCAGAUGUCAAGUGGAGAGAAAUGGACCAGAAAUAUCAUUUCUCCUGCCAAUUCACUGCUGACAUGAUCGCCAUGAACACUAGCGACUUCAUCAUUGCUAGCACCUACCAAGAAAUAGCUGGAAGCAAAGAGAAGCCUGGCCAGUACGAGAGUCACUACGCGUUCACGAUGCCAGGACUAUGUCGCUACGCCACAGGCAUCAACGUCUUUGAUCCCAAGUUCAACAUUGCUGCCCCUGGUGCCGAUCAAUCUGUUUACUUCCCCUUCACAGAAAAGGAGAAGCGGCUGACAGAUUUGCACCCCCAAAUAGAGGAGCUACUCUACAGCAAGGAGGACAAUGAUGAGCACAUAGGGUACCUAGAGGACAGGAGCAAGCCAACCAUCUUCUCGAUGGCAAGGCUCGAUAAGGUGAAGAACAUCACCGGGCUGGUCGAAUGGUAUGGUCAGAACAAGAAACUCAGGGAUCUUGUCAACCUGGUCAUUGUUGGGGGGCUCCUGGAACCUUCACAGUCAAAGGACAGGGAAGAGAUCGAGGAGAUAAACAAGAUGCACAGCUUGAUAAACAAGUACCAGCUCAAGGGACAGAUCCGUUGGAUAAAAGCACAGACUGAACGUGUGCGCAACGGGGAGCUCUACCGUUGCAUUGCAGAUACCAGGGGGGCCUUCGUUCAGCCUGCACUGUACGAGGCAUUUGGACUAACCGUCAUCGAGGCAAUGAACUGUGGGCUACCAACCUUCGCAACAAAUCAAGGAGGGCCUGCAGAAAUCAUUGUCGACGAGGUAUCAGGCUUCCAUAUCAAUCCACUCAACGGACAGGAGGCGAGUGACAAGAUUGCAGGCUUCUUUCAGAAAUGCAAGGAGGACCCCAUCUACUGGAACAAAAUGUCCACUGCUGGACUCCAGCGCAUCUAUGAGUGUUACACAUGGCAGAUUUAUGCAACUAAAGUUCUGAACAUGGGAUCAAUGUACGGCUUCUGGAGGACUCUCAACAAGGAGGAGAGACAGGCCAAACAGCGGUACCUACAGAUGUUCUACAACCUUCAGUUCAGGCAGCUGGUAAAGACUGUCGCGAAACUGGGCGAACAACCCACACAACCAGUGGAAAGCAUGGCAGCUGCUAGGAUCGUGCCAAGGCCAAAAGAAAGGCAUGGCCCAUUCUUACGAAAAUUACUGAAGAGAGGGCGUGGAAGCAACUGAACUGACCCGAUUGCUGUUUCAACACUGCAGAAGGCCGCAGACAAGGAUUCAGAGGAUUGCAAGCAACUUACUCGGAUCGGUACUCCCAACCUCCAACUUCUGUAAGGAUGCAGCUUGAAGGUGAAGACCAAACAUCAUAAACCAGAACUGUGCUUAUUGGAGUUCUAAUUGAACUGCAAUUGUCCAUAAUGGUUGUGAGAGUGAUACAAAGAGUAAAGAAUCUUCUGUGAGAAUCUUCAGUGUAAAAAGAAAUGUGAGACCAAACACCAGUUUGACUCGUUA